AUGAACCCUCGCAAGACCUCCUCACAAGGCCUCCUUUUCAGUUCCGUGUUAGCCUGUGCUAUCCUUCUAAUGAGCUCCUUGAUGGUGAUGGCCCAUGAAUACUAUGUGUUGGAAUCUUUUAAUGGUACCAAUAGCACCAAUGGAUCCAUUCCACUAAAUUCAACAAUUGUUCCAUCAAAUUCAACAUUUGUUUGGGAUUUUUGGGAAAUUAACCAAUAUCCAAUUGUCGGAGUUUUGAUUGUAGGUGUGAUUGGAAUUGUGAUUGCCAUUGUCGUGGGAGUGAUUUAUUGGUACAGAAAGAGAAAGGAAAGAUUGGAGGCUAGUGAACAUGCCGAUGAUGAUAUGCACAGAUUGGAAGAUGAGUAA